GAAUGUACAGAGGCAGGAGUUUUUUCUUUUUUUUCCUCCUCAUUUUUAAGUUGCCUCGCCGGAGGAACAUGAGCGACUGAAGCUGACUGGCGGCUGCGGAGCUCCCUGCCCUCAUUUUUUUUCUCCCACCGGCGGACUCGGCCACACUUGACUACGGCGGGGCUAGCUUGACGUUAGCGCAUCUCUGGAGGAAAAAAAAAAAGGCAGCAAGUUGCGAUGAGAGUGAGCCGGCCCUGGAAGAAGAAGUAACUCGAGGGACAAGAAGGAGGGGGGAGGAAAUUGAGGAGAAACCAACAAAGAAUCUUGUCUUGUCUGAAAGAGAGGCCAGCUUGAUGACGCGAUGAAGCCAAUCAAAAAGCAGGGCCGGCGUUCCCCCCCCUCCACCCGGGCCAAAGGGGGUAAGCGCAGAGGAGCAGGUGAGGCCCCCGAAGGAGGGGAGAAAAGAGACUCGGACGAGAACCGAGACCAGCAAAGCCAAGAUCCCUUCUCCUUUUCAUCCCACUCUGAGUCCUGUGACCCAAUCAGAAACCGUGACUCUUCCGACGGUGAAUUACUCGUCGUGGACUCUGGGAAAGAUGAGCAAGCAGCACGUUCAGUGUUAAGCGCGGGCAGCCACAGCGACAGCGGCGGGAGCAGUUGCAGUAACAGCAGCACGCCGAGCGCAAACAGCAGCCCCAACCCCACGUCUAGUCGCAAAACCGCCACCUUCAAAGCCCGCAUUCCCAAGAAGAAAUACACAUCAGAACACUGCUCAAUCACUGCCGCUGGUAGCCAUAGCAACCUUGUAUCCAGCACACCCCCUCCUCUGCUUCUUAGCGGAAGAACCCUCAACCAGGGCUCAUCAUGCUCAGGUAGUCCUGAUGGCAACAAUCAAAGCCGCAGCCUGAUUGGGGACUUUCACAGCUUGACCACCGGCAGGGAGCUACCUCAGGAUGUUUCCCUGGGACCCCCUGUCCUCUCACUGCUAGGGGAUAAGCCAGUAGGAGUGGAGGUGGCCAGGGAUGCGGAGCAAGUGUCUCCCUGUCCCCUACCUCGGUGCUCCUCUACAGACACUGCAAGCGAGCACUCUGCAGACCUGGAAGUAGUGACGGAUGCUUUCCCACAUCUGUCUUCCAGCCUCCCUGAUGCGCUCGCCGACACUCUGGCCAAAGGCCUGAAGAAUCAACGUGUCCUCGCUCGACAGCUCAUGAGAAGAAUUGAUGAUGGAGGAGCAGAAAGGAGGAGCAAAGGGAGGUCUUUGGGCUUAGUGUUCCGUGCGGGUGUGGUCCGCAGAGUCAGUGGUGAAUAUGGAAGCCUGGAGGUGCAACUAAAUGGGGAAAAGACACUCUGUCGUUAUCCGUAUAGACACAACAGCCCCCCAGGGGUUGUAGAUAUCAUUCUGGAUGCCCCCCCACCGGGUGUUGAUCCGAUACCACUCAGCACCCGCGUCUGUGUGCCAUUCAGCAGCGAUGAAGGUGGGGAAGGCCAGUGGUACCGGGAAGGCGUCGUGACUCAGGUGGACACUCACCCAGCAGUGGCUAAUUGCUACCGUGUCCUGUUGUCCGAUGAAAGACCUUCAUCGGUCAAUGAAGGUGAGGAUGGCAGAGGUGCAGCCAAUGCAACGCAGGCCGUGUGGGUGUCCAGACAAACACUCAGGCUCUUAGUGCCCCCAUGGGACCUGGACUUACCAUCAAGGGAGGCAGUCGAGUGCACUCGCAAUAACAAAAGGGAGCAGGAGGACAGGGAUGAAAUGGAUGUGGAGCAGGAGGUGUGUCGUUUAAGCCGGGGCAUGACACCUAGUGUAGGAUCUGUGUUGGGAAGGGUGUACCCUUGCAUGCCUCCAGUGUCCUCCACAUCAGGACAUAGUAUAACUACACCAGUCACUCCGAUCUCAGUCCUCAGCCUUGCUCCUGGCCGAGAAUGGGACAUUGAAAAAGACUUUGCAAUGGAGAGGGAUCUCCAGAGAAAACAUGAGAGAGAAAGGCAGAACAGUAUAAAGCAACAACAGCAACACCAUUCCUACAUGCCACUGACCCCAGAGGAGGACAUGGAGGUGUCCCACUUCAACAUGUUGCCAAUGGGAGCCAUUAUACCUGGGUCCAAAACCAUGGCACUGACUCAACACCGCCACAUUGUCUCUAAGCCUCCUCCUGGCUACAUCAAUCAUCAUCUGUCUGUGGUGCAGGGCAUUGGAAUCCCCUCUGGCCACCUUGCCCUAAACCCUCAUCCCCCUCCUUCCCCUGCCCUGCUAGGCCUCGACCCAAUUGGAGCACCCACUAGUGGUGCUGUCAUUUCCACCCCCCAGCUCCCGCCACUCCCACCUAUCUCUUCCUCUAGCACGUCCUCCUCCAGAGUGGAAAAAGCAUCAGGAGGUGGUGGUGGAUCUGGGUCAGGUUCCACUUCUUCCUCCUCCUCACGUUCACGCACCCCGCUGACAGCGGCUCAGCAGAAGUACAAGAAGGGAGAUGUGGUGUGCACGCCUACAGGUAUCCGCAAGAAGUUCAAUGGGAAGCAGUGGAGGAGGCUGUGCUCCCGGGAAGGCUGCUCCAAAGAGUCCCAGCGCCGAGGAUACUGCUCAAGACACUUGUCCAUGAGGACCAAGGAGAUGGAAGCCAGUGGAGGCAUCCGGGAGCGAGGAGGUGCCAGCAGCACAGGGACCUUGACGCCAUCUGACCUCCGACUAAGCGGGGGCCGGGCCAGCUCCGAGUUUGACUGGGACGAGACUUCCCGGGAAAGCAGUGAGGCAAGCAGUCGUGGAGGAGAUUCCCGCCCCCGCCUUGUCCUUCCUUCCCUGCUCCCCCAGGACCUCUCUCGCUUUGACUUUGACGAGUGUGAAGCAGCGACAAUGCUGGUCUCCUUGGGGGGUUCCCGUUCAGGCACGCCUUCUUACUCACCCAUCUCCAACCAGUCACCCUUCUCCCCGACCCCAUCACCUUCUCCCUCGCCGCUCUUCGGCUUCCGCCCAGCAAAUUUCAGCCCGAUCACUGCUCCCUCUUCCCGCCGUCACCGCCAGCUGAGUGGCACUAAAUUAGGCACUUUAGGUACAGAACGAGAACGCCACCUCUCAGGCAUUGUGCCCACUUUUCAGACCAACCUCACGUUUACGGUGCCCAUGAGUCCCAGCAAGAGGAAGAUUGAUACACACCCACCUCCUCCACUGCCAGCACUCCAUGACUACCACAGCAAACCUGGGGAGCAGGUUAUGGGGGAUCUCAAUCUUGGCCCUGCUCCCUUUAGAGUCCUUUCCCCCCAGAGUCAACCCACAACCCCAUCCUCGCUGACUUUCCCCCGCCCACGUAGCGCCACCAGCCGACCACCAUCCUCCGCUGCUUCUACACCACCGCCCAUGCUGGUCUCUCCAACUCCCCCCUCCCCGCUGCCCCAGGAACCUUCACCGCGCCGCAUCGUACCCCUGCGGGACUCCCCGGUUAUCGUCCGCAACCCAGAUGUCCCUUUGGCCAAGUUCUCUGACGGCCCCCUAGCGAGGCGAGAGAGGAGUCGGUCCAGGGAGCUCAGCCAGGCCCAACAGGCGGUGCCUCUGGGCCUGCAGGCACCCGUUCCCAUCAACGGAGCCACCACCAAUGGCGCAGUCCUCCUGCGAAAUCCUGGUUCUGCUUUGGUCUUGGUCACCUCUAGCUCUUCCCUCACCCCAGCUUCAGGAGGCCAUGCUGCCCUCUCCAACUCUUUCACCCUGGGAUCAACCACCGCAGGUCCCGCCCUGUCCUCGUCAGGAUCCGGGGGCCGGGAGAGGAAACCCGAGGGGCACCAGGAGGCCAGCGGAGGGGCGCUGCCUCAGCCGGUUGCCUGCCACCCCACACCUACCGCUCUGCUGCCGCUCAUACUGCCGGCCGAGUCCCCUCACCCUGCCCCUCGCAAGCAAAUCAUCAUGGGACGCCCUGGCACAGUGUGGACCAACGUGGAGCCUCGUUCUGUGCCAGUGUUCCCUUGGCACUCGCUCGUCCCUUUCCUGGAGCCCAGCCAACCAGGAGCGGCCGCCCAGCCCGCCGACGGCCAGCAGUUUGUCAAUCAGAGCCAAGAGCCUCUGUGCGGCGUGGCCCCGGUGAGCGAUGGGCGCCCUCGCCCACCGGACCCGGAGAGGCGAUCCCCAUCACGCCCGCCUCCCACCAAUGACAACCCUCACACAGAGAGAGGCGGGGCCGACAGCGAGACGGAGAGCGACACGGACGACCCCUUCUCUCCUGGUGUGGCGGCCGCCAAUGAUCCGGCACCCUCGUCUGGCCCCGUGAAGAGACGCACGCAGUCCCUCAGCGCCCUGCCCAAGGACGGAGACAGGAAGAGGGAGAAAGACCACAUCCGUCGUCCCAUGAACGCCUUCAUGAUCUUCAGCAAGCGCCACAGAGCCCUGGUACACCAGCGACAUCCAAACCAGGACAACAGGACGGUCAGCAAGAUCCUGGGGGAGUGGUGGUACGCCCUGGGACCCAACGAGAAACAGCAGUACCACGACUUAGCCUUCCAGGUGAAGGAGGCCCACUUCCGAGCUCACCCGGACUGGAAGUGGUGCAACAAGGACAGGAGGAAGUCUCUGUCUGAUGGCCGGGGGGCCCUCAAAGAGCCGCGGGAGAGGAGCAUGUCCGAAAGUAUAGACGCUCAUUUGGAGUCUCAGGCGCUGGAGGCUAAGCUGGGAAGCGCGGGAUGGACGGGCGGUGCAGACCUCCAAGGGGGGCCGUUUGGCGGGCAGCAUCCCCGUCCCAGAGCUUUCUCCCAGAGUGCCAUGCACACCCUAGAGCAGCGGGAGCACAAGAGAGACCACGAGAAGGAGGGCGGGCCCAGCUUUUUACGGACCCGGCCGCUGCUGCACCCCUCACACCUGGGCGCCGGCGAGGACGUCACCAGCGACGAGGAGCGCAUGGUUAUCUGUGAGGAGGAGGGGGACGAUGAUGUCAUGGAGGACUCAUGUCCCGAAGGCUCCAUUGACCUCAAGUGUAAAGAGAGAGUGACGGACAGCGAUGAAGAUGAAGCUGAUGGACAGCAUGGCUUCCAGCCACGAGCUCGCUCCUCCGUCGCCUCGCCCUUGCCUCCCACCCUUCGCGCCCACUCUACUCCAGCUGGAAGGAGCGCGGGAGGAGGAGGAGGAGGUGGUGCUGAUGAAGGGCGUGAGAGGAAGAUCAAGAAGGAGGCAGGAGAAGAGGGCAGUAAGGGAGUCUCCAUCAGGGGUGAGGCUGGGGUUGGAGCAGGUAUCACCUUCCUGCCCAUCGCGGCGGGCACGCAGACCCCACAGGGUGUGACCCAGCUCCUCAGAGCCGCCCCUGCUGCGGUGAACAACGUGGUGCGACCCAUCGCCAGCGCGCUCCUGCCUGCGGAGGGCGCCAUCAUCCUCAGCGCCCCGCCUCAAGAUAAGAAAGCCACCCUCCUGAUUGGAGGAAGCCAGCAGCCGCCAAUCGCCACAGGGGGUGGGUACUUGUCCUCAACUUCCUCCCCUGGUCCAGUCAGUGUACCCCCCAUAUUGGCGGGGAGCAGCCUGGUCAAUAGCCUAGUUAUGGGAGGCUCCUUGACGCCCUCCCAGCCCUUGAAGCUUCAGCCCCCCCGUGCUGUCAUAAGACCCGCUACCACCACCUCCCCACUCGCUUUCCCCCCUGCUUGCCCCAAGCCACUAGCGCAGGUCCAGUACAUCCUGCCCGCCCAAAGCCCAUCUCCGCCUCAGCUCACACACCAGCAAAUGUUCUCAGUGCCCACUGAAGCUCCCCUGGCCAAUGGCACGCACUUGGGGGCGGGAUCAACAUCUGCAUCCGGAAUCAGAGCCGUUCAAAGCCAGCUGCAGAGCAAGAUGCUGGUUCCCAUGGCAACAGUCAAUACGGGGCCCACUCCUCCACAUCCUCCCAUCUCCUUGGUGGCCCCGCCUCUUCCUGUGCAAAAUGGUCCCGCCACAGGAAACAAGAUUGCUCCUCUGCCUGUGGUCCAGUCCAACGUUCACACCGCAGCCGUGCAACAUGGGAGCCCCUUUCCUGUUUCCAUGGCGACGGUGAUGACUCCCUGUGCCGCCGCACCCCCACACACCGUUAUUCUGACCUCUCCGCCCACCAGGAUUACCUACGUUCAGUCGAGCCCAGGUGUUACCACGGCGAUGCCCCAGCAAGCCCCGCCCCCACCGGGUUCUGCCUACCUGGCAUCUCCUCUGGCGACUUUAGGCUUCACUGCCAUCACGCCGGCCGGGCAGACUCUGGUUCAGCCCGUCGUGGGUCCGCCUCCAAACGUCACCUGCCAGAACCCGACGGCCAAGGUGGCGGCCCCUGCUGGUCAUCAGGUUCUCACCGCCAUUUACCCUGCUCCGACUGCUCAGCUGGUGCCCAUGACGACAGUGUCCUCUGCCGCCGACGCCCCAGACCAAGACGGGCCAAAGCCUUCCCCGGUGGUAGAGCAGAAGGUGGACAUGAAGAAAGAGUCGGACGCUGAGGAGGAAGACGGCCGGCACACGUCCAGCUCUGCCACCGCCUGCACAGAAGACGCCGGUCGGUUCAUCAAGCAGGAGGAACAUGGCGGGGAAAAACAAGAGCGGCUGGAUGAGGAGAGGACGGAGGAAAACUGUGAGGAGAAAAGAGGCAGAGAGUUGGAGAAAAAGGAGCGCAGCAGCAACGAGGCUGCAUGUCAUACCCCUCCUCCUCCCCCUCCUCCAUGUUCAGCACUGGACCCCCCUCCACCGCCGCCCGCCGAAAGAGAGCCUUCGUCGUCCUCCAAGAGGAUCAAGUUCCGACCACCACCCCUCAAAAAGACACCCGAUUCUCACGACAAGGUCUUGUCGGAGUCGUACUUCGAGGAGCGUUUUGCUGAGCUUCCAGAGUUUAACCCGGAGGAGGUGCUGCCCUCGCCCACUCUGCAGAGUCUGGCCACGUCCCCUCGAGCCAUCCUGGGAAGCUACCGCAGGAAAAGGCGCAACUCCACGGAGCUGGACCCGGCGGCGGAUGACCCCGUCUCACCGAGGAGGAAGACUCGCCGCCUCUCCAGCUGCAGCUCGGAGCCCAACACCCCGAAGAGCGCCGCCAAGUGCGAGGGAGACAUCUUCACCUUUGACAGAGCAGCAGCUACAGAAGGAGAUGAUCUCCUGGGAGACUUGGACCGAGUCCCCUUCUCGUCCCUGCGUAGAACUCUGGACCAGCGCCGGGCUCUUGUCAUGCAGCUCUUUCAGGAACAUGGAUUCUUUCCCUCGGCUCAGGCCACCGCUGCCUUCCAGGCGCGCUUCGCAGACACCUUCCCCACCAAGGUGUGCCUGCAGCUGAAGAUCCGCGAGGUCCGGCAGAAGAUCAUGCAGACCGCCACCCUGGAACCCGGCGCCUCCGCCGAGGCCGGCCCCGCCCCUUGCCAGGCGCAGGAGCAGCCGGACGACAAAGACCGGGGCCUGGAGGAGCCAAAAAGCGAAGGUUCAUAGAGGGGGAAGAAUCCGAUCCGACCUGGGAGGCAAGAUUAUUGGAAUGUGGUCUGGAAUAUUCAAAAAUGAGUUCUCUAACAUACGGCUGAAGAAAUGGACAAUCUUUGCAGAAUAUUUUCACUUCUUGACCCAGGUCUGCCCUCAGCACAUUUGCACAGUCGUUUGUCAUUGGACACAAACCCUGUGACACACACACACACACACACACACAUAAACCACAGUGCAGGUGUAAUCUCUAGCACACACUUAACAAAUCAGACUGUUACUCUUGAUUGGCAGCACCCAGGAGCCGCCACCAAGGACCACACACACACACACACACACACAUUUAAGGCACUUUGUCACUUAUCAUGCAGAUGCAGUUUGCUGUUGCCAGCCAUCCCUCAGUUGCCAUGGACUUGACCUCGUGGUCCCGCCACUCCUCAGCACAGUGGUCCGGAACACAAAUCACAACCCCGACGACCUCCACUGAUAUACCACAGCCCCUCGAUGCUGCAAGACAGACAGCACACACACACACACACGCACACGGAGCGACCCCGGUGUGACCUGGCCCCGGGCCCGGCACACUUUUAGCGAUUGUAAUGAGAAGACACAAUUGUGUGACCAAUCUUUGCACCUUCAGUUGUUGCCAUGUGGAAAAAGACUGAACCCUCACGGGCGGGACGACGCUUCACGUCUGAAGCCGCAAAAAGAGAUUAAGUGAAGACGUUUGACACUGGACGGAGGACGGACGCAUCCAAAAAAAAAACAAAGUUCAUAUGCAACAACAAGAUGUCAGGCUCACAGGCAAGAGACACAAAAAUAAUAACCACACUUCAGUGGAUACGAUGUUGCUUUCUCGUUAUCGUUGCCGUGGAAAUAACCAGUUUUACUGUGGCCUGUUUUUCUCUCGUGGCUUGUGUUUCUUCUCCAGCGUAACGUCAAGGAAAAUCACCACAAAAAAAAAAGGCUUCACGAAGGGGGGACGUAAUCUGCAAGCCCUCUCCCACGUAUGAUUUUAAAAGUCGUCUCUUUGUAAAAUGUUGAAAUCAGGUGUUUGCACAAUCUGUGCGGCCGGCAGCGCCGCAAGUUAAAUCAGGAAAGUAUUGUUUUUAGAGAUUGUUUUAGCAGAAAAGAUUUUGUUCCACAUGUUAUCAAAUGACCCUUGACCCCGCCGCGCCCCCCCCCCCCCCCUCCUCUCUCUCAAGCGUUGUUAGAGAGUGCCCUUAAGCACUGGUCCCGGGUCAAGCGCUAUGUAGCUCAGGAUGGUUCUGGUCAGGGUUCGUUCAGGGAAAGCAGAUCCUAGACCAGCCCUGGAGGGCAGUCUCUGGAGCCCCUCCCCUCUUCCCUCGCUUCUCGACACUUUAUCCUUUCCCAUCAAAUGGUGCAAUAGGACAAUUUUUUUUUUUUUUCUGGGAAUGGGUGGGUUUGUUUAGUCUUUUUUUUUUUUUUUAAUUUUGAGGAGGGAGGAGCAAGGCUGAGUGCCAUAGGUAAUGAGAUGCAGUGCAGUCAAUGAAUGAGCAGAAUGUGAUGCUACAAAAAAAAAAAAGACUUUAUCUUACUAAAAAUCACAUUUUAAAUAGCACUUUUUGGCUCUUUGCCUCCUCGGUGAAGAGCUAGGGGGUAGUUCUUAUUAUAAUAAUGAUGAUGGGUCUUUUAUUUCUCUGUAAACAGUUGAAUGUGUGAAACAAAUAUAUAUAUAUAUAUAUAUAUAUACAUAUAUAUAUUCACCGUUUUUGCAUAUAUGUACAUUUAGGUCUGUGUUUGGGUGCGCGUGCACGUUUUGGCACAUGUAGGUAGUGCGUAAACAUGACCAACAACCACUCGUUCUGUCGUCACAAUAGUCUAUUUUUCAUUGUAAGCACCUCCCGAGAGACAGUAUUUUUAUAGUCACCGCGACUAUUUUGUCCACUAUGUUGACUGUUAUCCAUUCAGGAUAUAUACAUACAUAUAUAUAUAUAUAUAUAUAUAUAUAUAUAUAUGUAUGUAUGUAUAUUUAUAUACAGUAUAUGUAUGACAUGCAGUAUAUCUUCAGGCUAAUCCAAUAAAGACAAAACAGGUAAAAAGAAGACUAUCACAUCCCUAAGGGGUCAGGGCUGCCAUCUGCAUGCAUGUGCAACAGCAUGCAAGCGUGCAAACACCCACACAGACGUAUGUGCAUACACACACACACACACGUAUGCGUGUAUACGGUAUGAUUGUGCUUAAAAAGGAGUUUGUCCUUACGUCGCAGAAGGAAUUUUAGGAUGAGUGAGGUGAGCGCGAUCUCAUAAAGCAGGCAUGUCGACCAUGUGCAAUAUUUCUAAAUGACGACAAGAAAAGAACUAAAUAUUGAAAAUAUUAAAGGUCUAACACAA